AUGGCGAUCGGUGACGCGGUGUGUCAACGCGCGGGGACGAGGGACGAGGGAAUGGAUGGGACGACGCGGAUGCGAGAGGACGCAUCGCUCGCGACGACGACGACGACGACGACGACGACGACGGCGACGACGUCGACGACGGCGAGGGCGGCGUCGACGACGGCGUCGCGCGCGCGUGCAUCGUGGGCGUCGACGACGACGUCGGUGCUGGGAUUCGAACACGACGCGACGCGCACGGCGAGGUUUUUCGCCGUCGGCGCGACGGUGCACGGACCGUUCUUUCACUACGCGUUCAAGGAGCUCGAACGGCGCGUGGGCGGCGGAACGUGCGCGCGAACGGUGGUGAAGAAGGUUGCGAUCGGACACACGAUGUUGUUCCCGUCGUACACGGUGUUAUUCUUUGUCGCGAUGGCGUAUUUGGAGGGAUGGGAGGCGCCGGCGACGCGCGCGAGAGAGCAGCUCGAGGAGAAGUUUGUGGACACGAUUCUCGCGGGAACGAUGUUCUGGCCGUUCGCGAACGCGGUGAAUUUCGCGUACGUGCCGACAAAGUGGCGCAUAUUGGCUUUGAACGUGGCCGGGGUGGCGUGGAACGCGUACAUGUCGCACGUGGUGAACGCAAACUCGGCGCCGCUCGACCGAGGCGCCGACGGCGCAAUCGUCGUCGCCAGCGCGCGGGAGAAGGCUCGAUAG